AAAAAGAGUCACGUGGUUGGCUAUAUGCGACGGCGCAGGGAAACAAACUGUGGUGUUGGAGUGUUGUUUUGCUGUUUGAGUUCAGAGCGGAGUUAGACAGUACAGAUUCUGUCCAGGGGGGAGAAUAUUGCACCAUCUUAAUGGAGCUAUCAAAUCCCAGUAGAACUUGAUUGGUGUUGGAACUCGCCGGCGCCAUGGCAUGUUCUUCUGAAGGCGAGGUGCGGGCCGUUGUGGGCCCUGGAGAAACGGGAACAGAGGGAGCCAGAGCAGAUGCCCGAGCCGUCGACCGACACUACCAGGCUUCUGUGCCCGUCAUGACUGCCUCUCCUGUAACGUUAAUGGUGGAGUCUGUGGAUGAUGCAGAAGGACUUAUUGUAGCGGUGGAGAGAUGUCCUCUGUGUAACACUGCUAGGCGCAGGCUCACCUGUGCUCGGUGCAUUAAAGCUGGAGAUUUUGUUUACUUCGAUGGUAGAAAUCCUGAAAGGUACAGUGAAAAAUUAGAAAGACUUCAGAAAAUCAGGAAUGAGAAGGAAAGCCUUCAGCAAAGAGUUAUCAAAGCCAUGGACAAAAAGGUCCAGACUGACCAGCUUAAGUGGAAGAUCAUGUCAUGCAAGAUGAAAAUUGAGCAGUUAAAAGAAGCAAUAUGCAGUGGCAAUGAAGAUGUAAAGAGUGGAAAAGAUGUGCUGCUCCGCUCUCAGGAAGAGGGCCAGAGGCUGCAGCGGCGGGCAAGCCGCCACCAAGAGAAGAGAGAUAAGAUAGAACGGCACAACCGACGCCUGAGUGAGCUUUUGGAUAAAAGGAAUAAAGAGUUGCAGAGCAGACUGGAGACUCUGGCUGAGGUCCGGAGGGGGCACAUCCUGGAACUCACUACCUUUAUCUUCCCUACACAAGAGGAGAAGCAGGGUAGCAGGGACCCAGCAGAAACUGCUGCAGCAGAGCAGGACUUUGCCCUUACAUCCAGCACUGUGAGUGAGUUAGCUGAAGCCAGGAGAACCACUUACAUGUCUGGACGCUGGAUCUGGGAUGACCAGAAUGGAGAGACAAGCAUUAGCAUCACUGGGCCCCAUGUGACACUCCCCAGCAAUGGUGACUGCUCGGCUUACUACACUUGGGUAGAGGAGAAAAACACCAAUCAAGGCCCAGAGCUGGAUCACAUCACUCCAGCACACACCAUAAGUGCAGCCCUCUGCUAUGCUACUCAAUUAGUCAACACACUCUCCCACAUUCUGGAUGUCAAUCUGCCAAAGAAGCUGUGCAACAGUGAAUUUUGUGGUGAUAACCUAAGCCGUUAUAGAUUUACUCGUGCAGUUAACAAACUCAACACCAACAUCCUGCAUCUUUGUUUUUCCCAGCACGUGGAUAGUGAGCUGCUGCAUCCCCACCACACACUACGGAACAUCAUGUUCCUGGUCUCUCCAGAAAAUAAAAAUCUUGGCAGGACUGGACCGUUUGAGGUCAGUGCAGAUCUGGAAGACUCAAUGGAGUUUCUUGAGCCAGAGGCUUCAGGGACUGCGGAGGAGAGCGGAGACGAGGCGGUAACAGAUGAAGAGACAGAUUUGGGCACAGACUGGGAAACUGUACCCAGCCCACGUUUCUGUGAUAUCCCCUCUCAGCCCAUGGACCUUUCUCAGAGCACGGCCAUGCAGGUCUCGCAGCCAGCAGGCAAUGCCGGCGGCAUGAUCUCCUCUGCUGCUGCCUCUGUCACCUCCUGGUUCCGUGCCUACACUGGCCAGCGCUGAGACCGGGCUAGAGGGUUCAAUAGCUAUGCAAAUAGACUAUAUUUAGCCCCUUUUUGGCAAGAGUUUUUUUUCCUCACCAGACUACAUGAAAAAAGAGAAUGUGUUAUAAAAGUCAGUAAGCAAGUUUCUGUUUUUUUAAAACAAGGGUAAGGAUGGCAGAUUGGGGACAUUUUAAAGUAAAAAUGGUAUCAGGUGACAGUUUCCUUUCAGAAAUGUCUUUUAGUGGCUCAGAAACACUAAAAAUGUAUGAUUACCUGUCAGGAAAUAGAAUUUCUUUCUUUUCCCUUUAAAGUUAAUACAGAUAAAACCAAUAACAAUUUUAAUAUGUAUUCUCCUAAGAGCAUGAUGCACCACAGAAACUGAGCAUAAUAAAUUGUAAGUUAUGGGCUUGCCAGUACUGUGUCUGUACUUUGCCAUCCUUGUAUGGCUACCCUUAUAUUCUAAAUAGCUCAGUGUGUUCAGUUAUUAAAGAGUGCAAAUAGUUUAAGUGUAAGAAUAUAUCGGACACAUAACUGGCCUUAGAGAUUGAAUGUAGUCUGGUUUUGUCUGGCAUAAAAUGCACCUUUUCACCAGCCAUUAAACCCUGUUUGUGUCCUUAUUUUCCUAAAGUAAGCACAUACGGUAUUUGACAUAAGUAUUUAAGUGGCAAAACCAUCACAAGCCGAGGAGGGAUGCAGACUAUCACAGGCUUUCUCAGACAUGUUAAGCUGCAAGCCACUUUACCCAUACCAGCAGGAGAGGCCUAACACGAGGAUUUCACUAUACCCAGCAUUGCAACAGUAAGAACUACCCAUUCAGCCUUCCUUCCUUUAGACACAUCCAGUUGUCUUGUGAUUGGCUGAAUAUUGUAAAGUGCAGUUUAAAAUAGUAUAUGCUAAUUGCUUUACUUCAAAAAGACCACUGAGGUAUUGAUUAUUUUUGUUAUAAAAGAGUGGAAAUAAAACAUCACUACUGAA